UCCUCAGUCGGCAUAACGACCGCGAACCGUGAGCACCAUCGCGUAUCACAUAAAAAAAGAAAACACGAUAGAGUCCGAACAUUAAAAAUGAAAUAAACACUUCUUGUUGAACAAAAAAAAAAAAAACAAAAAUUGUCAGUGACGUAUUGUGUUCUAAAUUUGAUUUUACGCGCGGACCGCGAUGUGGACAGAAAAUCGCGGCGCGCAGACUUGUAUGAAAGUUUGUUGACAGUUAUUGAAAAUAAUAAGUGUUAAAAAUAGGUGUUCAUUAUUAGUGCAUAGUUGGUGUUGCUUAGUGUGUAGUUCAGUUUGAGUAAAUAAGUGUUUACGUGUAUGGUAAGUUAAUCCUACCAUGCGACCGUUCGCGUUCGUUUUAAAGCGGAAAUAAAACAAACUAAAACACGGCGAGCCGAACAGACGUUUGAAUAUAGCCGGGUUUAAUCUUGGCGUGCUACACUGAACUAAUUACUGGCAGAGACUUAGCGCGAGAGCGGUGUGCACGCAUACCGGUACACUAUAGUGUGAACGAGACGGAAGUGGGCAGUUUUCCAAGAUGAAUUUGAUGUUUCGGAAGAACUUCAGCGGGGAGAAGACCCUCUCGUCUAGCGGGGGUGGGGGGAAGGCGCGGGGCGCGCUGGGUGCAGGGAGGAACGCGAAGCGCCGCGACCGCGAGCGAUACUCCUGCAUGGAGGAACACCACUACAAGACCCACAUAUUCUUCUCCGCGGCUCCGCGCGCCAGUGCUCAAUACAACGACCUCACAGAACGAUGCGGGCCUGUACUGGGCGGUGGCACGGGCCCCGAGCCGGAGCCGCCGCAGCCCCUGGUCACCCGGGAGCCCUCAGUCUCCCUGCUGCGCUGGGACAGGGGCCCGGCGACCACUACCACGGUGCCGACGACCACGGACCGCCGGAGAACGGAACCCGUGUCGCUUGCAACGCUACAGAAAGACUGCUUUGUUAUUCCGGCGCACGCACUUGAUCGGUUCUUGCCUGAUGGAGUGCCGCUACCAGUUCCGCCUCCAACGCCAGAAAAAGGAAUGACAACAAAGACUGCACAAAACUCCCUUAGCAUCCUCGAAAUAGCUGAUCCCAAGCUUUGUAUAUUGGCCCAUCUGAUGAGUCCACUGGAACCCAUCGAGCCAAUAUUGGAAUCCCCGCUUGCCAAACCUUUGAUCAGACAGAAAGCAGCGGCUGGAGAACUGCUGAACGAGGUGGCGCAAGCCAACACAGCAGUUGGAGGGAUGUUGUUAGCGAAUAUGGAGAAAAACGCGGAAUUCCCUUUCAUAUCUUACUAUGUGAUAAAUACUACGCAAACGGACCCUUUGCUUUUCUACAAUAACAUGAGAUGUUCGUCACUGAAUAAGUUUGACCCGAAAACCAUAAGGUACUCGGCAGCGCAUACGUUAGACUUGUAUAGUGAAGUGGCGAUGAUCUGCAGGCCGCCGUUCAACGACUUAGCUGGUGGACCCAAGAAGUCACACACGCCUACCACUGGAUUCAUCAUUAGUGUUUAUAAGGUCUUCGAAGGCGACGAUGGCGAGCGCUUCGAGAGGAACUGGCUGUACUGGACCGGGGCCCGAAUGCUGUACCGUCAUCUACCCCACACGGUGGGCAUGAGGAAGAUAGCUCUCCACAAGUCUGUAGCUGCCCACGGAGACAAGAUGUACCUCUUAGUAUGCGAGUGUGCCAACCUAAUGGACGAUCUAUCAGGAGCUGCGAUGUUGGUGACGGCGUUGAGGGCGCGCCUUUGUGGAUACACGGGGCUUUACAGGCCUAUACAGACGUUCUAGUAAAGGGACUGGGCCUUAGAUGGCCUUGAGUGUGUUGUAUUGUAAUUUGGAGACAUCAUAGGUUAGGUGCCUAGGUUAGUUCUGUUGGGUAAUGAGUUUGGGUAGGGAAGGAAAGACGAUCCUAGUAGUGAAGUUGGUAUGGUAGAAAACAGAAUAUCUGUGGGAUUGAAAACACACACUUUUGAUCUUGUCGUAAUGCCAAUGCUUAUAACCCGGAAAAGCAGGUAUUCUUGAAGUUAUUGUGUUCAGACUAGGAGAAACUGAAAACUUUCCAAAUUCAUUGCCCAAAUUAUGAUUGGAUCUCUAAUUUAAAGUCAAUCUAAAGAUGUCUCGUCAAAUUUGGUCACAAACAGCACACGUGAACAAAACGGACCAAAGUACCUAUUAAUAUUACAUUUAAGACUAUCUUAAAUGGUGGACGUUUGACUGGGUACAGGCGAGUCGAGCCGAAGUGUUCUUCAUUUAGAUUUAAGAAACUUUAAUAUUAAUAAAACCGAGUGAAUCUUUUCUGUAGCCGCCAUUUUUCUCAACCUCUCACUAUACUUUUGAUAUUAUCUACUACAAGACACUUCAAGUAAACAGUCGUUUAGGUAAAUGAUUAAUUAAGUAGGUACAUGACUUGACAAUAUUUUGUUAUAUUUGUGUAAAGUCUUCCAAAUUACGGCGUACCUACAUAAUGUACUAAACUGUUCGAUUGAUACCGAGAUUAAGGAUAGUUUAACGACAGCUCAAAACUUACUCCCUUUUCUAUUUUUGCCUAAAGAUACAAAUUAUUUUUCGAGUUUUUCAAUUUUUCUAACAUAUCUCGAGAUACAUAUCAUUAAUAUCGCAAGAUGUUCAAUCGAUAAUGUUAAUAGCCAUUGCCAACUGUACUUCACUGUUUCAUAUUCUUACUAAAUUAGAAAUAAUGAAAUUGUGAUGCUCACGUAAUAAAUAAUAGUUUGCCUUAAAUAAAUAGACCUGUUGCUAAUUUACUUAGAAACGCACAAUAAUGUUAAAAAUGCUAAAUAUUCGUUACUACAAUUCACGAAAUAAAUAAUUAUAAUCCUGAUAAAAAAUUAUGUAACGAUUUAGAUUUUUUAUUUGAACGUUAACGAAAUAUUUGACAUUUUGAUAACAUUACCUACUGCGGUAAAAUAAUAAAUAAUAGCCUACAUAAAGAAGAGUGGCCAAUUUGUGUCAUAAAAUAUGUAGAUUUAUUGUUCUUAAUAUUUACGAAAUAACUAGAUUUUUAUUAUCAUAGCUUGAUGCACAGACUAAGCUUAGUUUAAAAUAUGACAAGUAACGUUGGCGUGAGCAGAUUCAAAAGUAUGCAAAUGCAAAUUAAAAUGUUCUGCUAUACAAUACAUAAACUUCAAGAGUCAAUAAUAGUACAUAAAAGCUUAAUUAGUUUACGAAAUCGAGUCUAUUUCAUUUUAUAUACUUCACAUACAACUGUGCUGACAAAUAUGUAUCCUACAGCCAGCAACAAGAGUCUAGCCAAAGUUACAAAAUUAUCUGGACACGAAAAAGGGUCACGCAAAAGCUGUGUUUAGACAAUUUUCGGACGUGAAAAAAAAAUUGUUUUGUAAUCUUGACAAUUACUUAGAUUUUAGUACCUAUUCAGGUAUUUGGUAAUUUUAAUUUUGUUGAAGGUCUUUUGUUGCCGUGCAUACUACCAAAUCUUAAAUGUUUAUGGAUACCUACCUAUUAUAAUUACAAUAAUUUAAAAGACCAAAAAGCCUACCCGAUAUUGUGAUUCAUUCAUUAUUAAAUUAGGUGAAAAGCACAGAGUAUAAGCAUAGUUAUCUGCUUGAGAAGCAUCAAUAAGAUUGUAUUAAAA